AUGCUCGUGGACCGUGUCCUGGGCUACUUCGGCGCCUAUUUCGUCGUGCUCCAUGGAAACGUCGAUGCCCUCAUCUUCGCGGGUGGGAACCGCGAAAAGUCGGUUGAGCUCAAGGAGCGCAUUGCAGAUAGGAUGAGGUGUUUGUGCUUGAUGCCCCGUGGAUACGAAGAAAGACGCGGGUGUGAGGGAUGUGGAGAGGCCGGUGGACAUCACCGUGGCACGACAGGAGGAAGAGGGAGGAUUCGGACAGGGGAUAAUGGUGUUGGCGUGUAG